AUGUUCUCCCGAAACCACCGGAGCCGGGUCACCGUGGCCAGGGGCUCUGCCCUGGAGAUGGAGUUCAAACGCGGCCGCUUCCGACUCAGCCUCUUAUGCGACCCGCCGGAGGACACAGAGUUGCAAAGAAAGUUGGACCAUGAGAUCCGGAUGAGGGAAGGGGCCUGCAAGCUGCUGGCGGCCUGCUCCCAGCGAGAACAGGCUCUGGAGGCCACCAAGAGCCUGCUGGUGUGCAACAGCCGCAUCCUCAACUACAUGGGCGAGCUGCAGCGGCGCAAGGAGGCACAGGUGCUUAAGAAGACAGGCCGGCGGCCUUCGGACAGUGGGCCACCCACUGAACGCUCCCCCUGCCGUGGCCAGAUCUGCAUUUCUGAUCUUCGGAUUCCACUCAUGUGGAAGGACACAGAAUAUUUCAAGAACAAAGGCGACCUGCACCGCUGGGCUGUGUUCCUGCUGCUGCAGAUAGGGGAGCACAUUCAGGACACAGAGAUGAUCCUGGUGGACAGGACCCUCACAGACAUCUCUUUUCAGAACAACGUGCUCUUUGCCGAGGCAGGGCCAGACUUUGAACUGCGGCUGGAGCUGUAUGGGGCUUGCGUGGAAGAGGAGGGGGCCCUGGCUGGAGCCCCCAAGAGGCUCGCCACCAAACUCAGCAGCUCCCUGGGCCGCUCCUCAGGGAGGCGUGUCCGAGCAUCGCUGGAGACUGCUGGGGGCUCAGGCAGCAGUCCCAUCUUGCUUCCCACCCCAGCUGUCGGUGGUCCUCGUUACCACCUCUUGGCUCAUACCACGCUCACCCUAGCAGCUGUGCAAGAUGGGUUCCGUACACAUGACCUCACCCUCGCCACUCCUGAGGAGAACCCUGCCUGGCUGCCCCUGUAUGGUAGCGUGUGUUGCCGCCUGGUGGCUCAGCCUCUCUGCAUGACUCAGCCUACUGCAAGUGGUACCCUCAGGGUGCAGCAAGCUGGGGAGCCGCGGGACUGGGUGCAAGUACAUGGAGUCCUGAAAGGCACAAACCUCUUCUGUUACCGGCAACCUGAAGACACAGACACUGGGGACGAGCCGCUGUUUACUAUCGCAAUCAACAAGGAGACUCAAGUCCGGGCAGGGGAGCUGGACCAGGCAGCCGACUGGCCCUUCACCCUGAGCAUCAGUAACCGGUAUGGGGAGGAAGAGGUGACACACACUCUUCAGGCAGAGAGUCGGGGAGCCCUGCAGAGCUGGAUGGAGGCUCUGUGGCAGCUUUUCUUUGACAUGAGUCAGUGGAAGCAGUGCUGCGAUGAGAUAAUGAAGAUUGAAACGCCUGCUCCUCGGAAACCACCCCAAGUGCUGGCCAAGCAGGGGUCCUUGUACCAUGAAAUGGCUAUUGAGCCGCUGGAUGACAUCGCAGCGGUGACAGACAUCCUGGCCCAGCGGGAGGGCGCGAGGCUGGAGACGCCCCCACCCUGGCUAGCAGUGUUUACAGACCAGCCUGCCUUGCCUGGCCCCUGCUCACCUGCUUCAGUGGCCCCAGCUCCAGCCCGGAUCCAUUCCUUGCCCUGGGGGAGACCCCGAACAUUCUCUCUGGAUGCUGUCCCCCCAGACCAUUCCCCUGGGGCUUCUCGCUUGGUCGCCCCUCUCCCCCUGCAGCGAUCCCCACGAUCCAGAGGCCUCUGCAGCAAAGGCCCACCCCACACUUGGCUCCAGUCACCAGUGUGAGAGAAAAAGGUGCUGGCAACAGGAUCUGGCCAGAAGAGGGGAAGAUCUGUGUGCAGCUGGGCUCGGAUUCAACACUGUUUGUAGCAGGCUGACCAGCUUGGCCUCCCCUUCCUCUGCUGGAGUUGGGGUAGGCUGAGAAGGGGUAGCCGAAGCCCCUUUAAGCUGCGGUCGCCACGGUGCUGAGGGACUCGUUCCCAGGGCUGGCUGGGACCCCGUAAACCCUUCCUGGGAGAAAACUGGAACCAACCCUGCCCUACCUCCCUUCAUUAACCAGCUUUGAGAAUGGCACUG